UUCCAUCUCAUAUUGUCUCCUCAUUAUUCUCAAGACAACCUACAAAAGAAAAGUUGAAGAAGCAGCCAAUUUUGACUUUAGAAGCUUCAUUUUUCUUCCUCUAUACUUUGAUUUCAAAAUAUUCUUCAUUUCUCCAUUCUUUUAACGCUCUUUCCAAAUCAUUAGGGUCUCUUUAUUCUUUUCCCGGGCAUUGGCUCUUAAAUGAUACCAUAAGAAGGCACAUUAAAGAGAGAUAGAGAGAGCAACCGAGUGUGAGAAGUUAUGGCUAUUGAGGUUUGCUGUUCAGAGGCUCCUGGUUCUCGAACCAGCCCAAGAAACUCUUUUUCCUACUCUACGGACAAUGAAGUCAGAUUAGACUCAACACUUCUUGAUUCAGGUUCGGAGUUUGAUUUCUGCUUUGGCUCAAGUUGUUCUGUUCAAGAACUACUGUCUCCUGCUGACGAACUCUUCUCCGAUGGCAAGAUUCUUCCCGUUCAGAUCAAGAAGGUAACCUUUCGGGUUCAAAGAUCAUCCUCUCUCUCAUCAUCAUCAUCUUCUUCUUCCUCCUCCUCCUCCUCUUCUUCAGCACCAGAAAAGAAGAUCAUGAGACUCAAAGAGCUUCUGUUGAGUCCUGACUCUGAUUUUGAAGACAAACCAACAAAGGGACUGUUCUUGCAGUUCAAGAGAAGCAUAAGUCUCAACUACGACAAGAGCCGAAACAGCAUCAGAUCGCUUCAUUUCCUCUCAAGAAGCAACUCCACAGGUUCUGCUCUAAACCCUAAACCUAACUUACUCCACAAGGAAACUCAUCACAACCACAAUCUUCCAAAACAAACGUCUCUUAGAAGAUCAUCUUCGCUCUCAUCUUCACUCCCUUAUAAGAAACCACUCGCCAGAAACAGUUUAGGUAACGGAAACGGUGGCUUUCGAGUUAGUCCGGUCUUGAAUUUCCCACCGCCGGCAUUCAUCUCGAAUGUUGCCGACGGAUUUUUCAGCAUUGGAUCACUCUGUAAUGGUAACAUGAAUAGGAAGACAUUAUGAAAACAUCUCUUGUCUUUUGUGGCCGGAGAGGAGAGAAUAAAUGUAAACAGAAAAUGUCUUUGUUAUUUAUUUUUUACUGUUUGUUGUAUAAUGAUGGAAUAUCGACAGCACAUGUGGAAAUUAGACAUCAUGUGAGUACUGUCUGUAAUUUAAAAAACCAAAAAAACAAGAAUAGGAACGCCUCGUUUGAUUGCCUGAUUGGAUCUUUGGGGUUAGAUUAGAGUAUAAUUAAAUGUAUCAUCUCGAGUAAAUAAAUUUACCAAUAAAUAAG